AUGCCGGAAUAUAAACUGAAAGGAAUCGAUGCCCUGAGUUUGAAGAAUGGAGAAAAACUGCAGUUGGAAGUCGAAGGAAUUCCAGAUGCGAAGGUGCUGCUCGCGAAGGUCAGGGAUCGCGUCCAUGCGCUGUCGUCGAAUUGCACGCAUUAUGGCGCGCCGUUGGUGAAGGGGGUGUUGACGGGGGAAGGGCGAUUGACUUGCCCGUGGCAUGGAGCAUGUUUCCAUGUGGAGACGGGAGAUAUUGAGAAUGCGCCGGCUUUGGACCCGCUGGCGAAGUAUGAGGUCUUUGAGAAGGACGGGGGUGUCUACAUUCGCGGGGAAGAGGAGGUUAUCAAGGCCAGUCGAGGGCAGUUGAAUAUCAAAUGCCAGGCGCAAGGGAAUGAGAAGGUGCUUGUAGUUGGAGGAGGCAGUGGAGCAACUGGAGCCAUUGAAGGCCUACGAGGAGGCGGGUACACGGGGCAUAUUACGGUUAUCUCAAGAGAAGGAUACCGGCCGAUUGAUCGUACGAAGCUCUCUAAGGCCCUCCUUGCCGAUGUCUCUAAGAUCGCAUGGAGGCCGGUGGAUUUUUACAAGGACGCAAGCAUCGACAUAAUCGACGACGAAGUGUCGAAGAUCGACUUCAAUUCCAAAUCUGUCUCUACCAAAUCUGGGAAGACCCACGACUACACCAAACUGGUUCUCGCCACGGGCGGCUCGCCUCGCUGGCUGCCAUUGCCAGGGCUGAAAGGUGACCUCGGCAACGUGUUCGUCCUCCGAGCCAUUCCACACGCCAAAUCCAUCGUGGAAGCGGUCGGCGACAACGGGAAGAAGAUAGUCGUCAUCGGCAGCUCGUUCAUCGGGCUGGAAGUCGCCAACUGCCUCGUUUCCAAAGGCAACGAUGUCACCGUCAUCGGUAUGGAGAAAGCCCCCAUGGAGCGCGUCAUGGGCGAGAAGGUCGGCAACAUUUUCCGCGCCAUCCUCGAGAAGAACGGCAUCAAGUUCAAGAUGGAGGCAUCCGUCGAGAAGGGCACACCCAGCGAGACAGACCCCUCGAAGAUCGGCGUCGUCCAUCUCAAAGACGGUACUCAGCUCCCCGCCGACCUAGUCAUCGAGGGCGUCGGCGUCGCCCCCGCAACUGAGUUCCUUAAGGACUCCCCCGAAGUCAAACUCGAAGCUGACGGCUCCAUCCUCACCGACGAGUCCUUCGCCGUGCAAGGCCUCUCCAACGUCUACGCCAUCGGCGACAUCGCCACAUACCCGUACCACGGACCGGGUGGAGACGGCAAGCCCGUCCGCAUCGAGCACUGGAACGUCGCGCAGAACGCGGGACGCGUGGUGGCGACAGCGAUCCAAGGGAAGACGCGGGCAGAGUUCAUCCCGAUCUUCUGGAGCGCGUUGGGGUCGCAGAUGCGGUACUGCGGGAAUGUGAACCACGGGUGGGACGACGUGGUGAUCGUAGGAGAUACGCAAAAGCCGGCGUUCGUGGGGUACUAUACAAAGGGGGAGACGGUGGUGGCGGUGGUGAGUAUGGGGAAGGAUCCGUAUAUGAGCCAGGCGUCGGAGUUGAUGCGGAGGAAUAAGAUGCCGGGGAAGAGCGAGAUUCAGAAAGGGGUGGAUAUCUUGGAGGUGGCGUUGCCGACGGAGGUAGCAGGAACAGUGUAG